GAGAAGGAGAGAGCAACUGGGCGCUGUUCGACUUAUUGCACAUAGCUUGGGUGAAGCUAAGAUCUCGACACUCAGAUCACACGGCUGCUGCGGUAAACCAGUGACCGUCAUCUUGUCCCUCAACCCGGCGCAAAAUGCCUACCAUCACUGUGGACAAGGCUGCCUUGUUCAAGGCACUCGGCAGAGACUAUACGACGGAUGAGUUCGACGAGCUUUGCUUCGACUUCGGCAUUGAACUAGACGAAGACACUUCUCUGUCUGAGAGACCGAUCGUCGAUGGCAAGCAAGAACCACCACAACUAAAAAUUGAAAUUCCCGCCAAUCGAUAUGACAUGCUAUGUUUUGAGGGGAUUCAGCUCAUGCUCAAUAUCUUCAACCGCCGAGUCGAAGCUCCCCAAUAUGUUCUGAAAGCACCACCAAGCGGAGAGAUGCAGACUAUCACAGUCAAGAAAGACACCGCCAGGAUACGACCGUAUGUCUCAGGCGCAAUCCUACGAAACAUCAAAUUCGACCAAGCCAGAUAUGAAUCCUUCAUUGACCUCCAAGACAAGCUCCAUCAGAAUCUGGCUCGACAGAGGACACUUGUUUCCAUCGGUACCCAUGACUUGGACACCAUUACGGGACCAUUCACAUACGAGGCUCUCCCUCCUAAGGACAUUAACUUCGCUCCUCUCAACCAGACCAAGGAGAUGAACGGCGAAGAGCUGAUGGCCUUCUACGACAAGGACAAGCACCUCGGCCGAUAUCUGCACAUCAUCAGAGACUCACCCGUCUACCCAGUCAUCUAUGACUCCGAACGCAGUGUGUGUUCUUUACCGCCCAUCAUCAACGGCAACCUCAGCAAAAUUACCCUGGACACAAAAAAUGUCUUCAUCGAGGUCACAGCCACCGACAAAACCAAGCUAGAAAUCGUUGUCAACAUGGUCGUUGCCAUGUUCUCGCAAUACACCUCCGAACAGUUCACUGUCGAACCCAUACAAAUCAUCUCAGAGCACAACGGCCAGUCGAGACAAGUACCCAACCUCACUCCUCGCCCUACACAAGCAGAGGUUGACUACAUCAACGGCUGCAGCGGCCUGUCCCUGUCAGCACAAGAUGUCUGCACUCUCCUCACCCGCAUGAGCUACACCGCUCGACCCUCAAAGUCCGAUCCCAAUCUAAUCGACGUCGACGUGCCCGUCACCCGUGCCGAUGUCCUGCACCAAGCUGACAUCAUGGAAGACGUCUGCAUUGCGUAUGGUUUCAACAAGUUGCCUCGUGCAUUCCCCAAGGUCAGCGCCACCGUCGCCGCCCCCCUCGCCGUCAACAAACUCUCCGACAUCCUGCGCCUCGAGGCCGCGAUGGCCGGCUGGGCCGAAGUCCUGCCGCUCAUUCUAUGUUCGCACGACGAGAACUUCGGCUGGUUGAACCGCAAGGACGACGGCAAGACUGCCGUGCGCCUCGCCAACCCCAAGACCGCGGAAUACCAGGUCGUCCGCACCACCUUACUUCCAGGCUUGCUCAAGACGAUCCGCGAGAACAAGCACCACAGCCUGCCCAUGAAGAUCUUCGAGGUGUCCGACGUGGCGUUCAAGGACGAAUCUCUUGAGCGCAAGUCCCGCAACGAGCGCCACUUUGCGGCCGCGUGGUACGGUAAGACAUCGGGUUUCGAGGUCGUGCAUGGCCUGCUCGAUCGCGUCAUGGCCAUGCUGCAGACCGCGUUCAUCACGCAUGAGGAGGGCCUGGAGAUCAAGAAUGGCAAUGCCAAAGGUAUGCACUAUUGGAUUCAAGAGCUGGAUGAUCCCACGUAUUUCGCCGGUCAUGGCGCGAGUAUUCAUGUCAAGAUCGCUGGGAAGGAUUUGACUAUUGGAAGCUUUGGAAUCUUGCAUCCUACUGUGCUGGAGAAAUUCGAGUUGAAGUACCCCGUCAGUGCGCUGGAGUUCAAUGUGGAAGUUUUCUUGUAGACAAAAGCAGAGGCUCUAUGGCCAACAUACUCAAUGGGCAGUUUGUUACAGCAACGCAGAGAAGACGAAAUGAAAGUAGAGAUGAUAGAAGUGGACAUGAAGCAUAAAUUGCGGGUCAAGCCGAGAAUUGUUGAUGCAUGUUCAUUUUAUCUCCCUGAUGG